CUACCUGCAGGACUAGUUGCCUCCGCCUGUGCACUGCGUUGGUCGCUGAAGCUGUGUUCAUCUCGAAUUCAAAUCACACUGCACUGGCAGCUGCAGAACGGGGUUGCAUGCCAUUCCGCACUUGAAGCUACAGCCGUGGCACAAAACUUGAGCAUCAUCGGUCGAGUAGGCUGCCACAGGAAGAAGGGCACAUCGCACCAUCGCCUACGUGCAGAUCAGCCAUUGCAAAGCUCCAUCAAGGAGAGCCCCUCGAAAUAUCCCAUCUACCCAUCCUUUCAUGUGCCCGAUGCCGCCACUCUUGGCCAUUCCUUUCGGCUGGGUUUACCUAGAGACAUUCAGCUCGACCGUCUGGAGUGA